AUGCCUGGUAUCAAGAUUCUCACGGCAUCACCUAUGAGUUACGGAGGGUCAUUGCGGCGCCAGACAAUUGCUCAGCUGCCUCAUCGCACAGCGAAGCGACGAAAGCAAGCGCCUACAUUUUUUAAUUUGCUCUUCGAAUGCAGAACAAGUCCGAGUUCGGUCACUUUAGUUUUACUACGACUCACCGUCCUCUUCCUAGAUAUCGACCGCCGCUCGACGCCUUCCUCUGUCCCCGCCAUUCAAGCCGUAAAGACCAUAACCAAACGCGGAGUUAUCGAGGUCAAAAACAGCACAGGAGACAGUCUCGGUUAUAUUUCCAAGAAUUCUCUUAGCAAAGCCCAGCUCCAGUGUGAGCCGGCCAUCGACAACGCCACCACCGUUACUUUCGUCAUCCAGGAAUCCUCGAUCUCAGCUUCACAAGUCCGUAUCACCAUGGAGGACUCGGAUGAGAUCGGUUUCCCUCUCCUUGGAUUGGUACAGGGUGCUAAUGACACAAGCGUUGACAUUGGCUCGGGAUCUUACCUUUGUCGUCGUGUUUUCCUUUAUCUAACGGGAAUUGCCCACCCGGAAUCCGUCGCUGGCGCGGUCCCAGCUAACAUCUCCAAUGCCUACACUAACGCGACGACUUUAGAGCAGCAGAGUCCAAUGUUGCAUUUCACGGAGAAUGUCGUACUCACCUCUCGCCCAACGUACAGCUCCCAACUCGAUGUUCAUGCGGAGCACAUCAAGCUGCCGAAAUACACCACCAUGAGGGAUGUAGAGAGGCAGAUACCAACGGUCGUGCAGUUCUGGUAUGGCGUGACCCUUAUAGCGUAG